CCGCGCCUGCACAGCCAGAGCUAAGGUAGCGAGUGCUUCAAGACAUCACUGACACAGUAGCGUUAGACAGCUGACAGCAGGUGUGCCAAGUUAAGUGUUUCAAGUGUGCUAAUAUUUCUCUUUGUUUGAUUUAUUGAUAAAGCAAUUGAAUAUUUUCAUUUUGUUACUCAAGUAUUGUUGUAAUGCAGCUGGUACGCGUAAUCGGUAUCGUGUUUUUGGUGUUAUUUUGUGCUCUGCUAUCUGUUGGUGCCAUCAAUCGCAGAGUAAAACUUUGCUUGCAAGCACCUCAGAGCGGUCGUUGUUUUGGCUAUGUGCCCAGCUUUGCCUACAAUCCGAUCGCGCGCAAAUGUGAAGAAUUCAUCUAUGGUGGGUGUGGUGGAAAUGAUAAUCGCUUCGAGACGAAAAGGGAAUGUGAAUUUAGCUGUCGUGAUAUUUAAUGGGGCUACAACGCUGGAAGUGAGAGAGGCGUUCGAAAAUUCAUUACUAUGCAUUGUUUUUGUAAUUAA